AUGUCCUCAUUCAUCCUCCCCGACUGGAUCGACAAUUCUCCCAAAGUAGAGGUGACGAUCCCCUCGAACGUGACCAAGGACCAGCUCCUCGCCUUCCGGCCGUUCAAGAACUGGCUCUCCGCGCUACGCCAGUCGAUAGCCAGGCAACACCAACAGCAGCAGCAGCGCCGACACGACCAACACGACCAACGGCGCCCUGAAGGGCACCGGCAAUGCCACGACUCACCCUACCAGCUCCACCGCGUCACCGUCCGCUCCGUCGAAUGGGCAGGCCCGCAGCGCAUCCUCUUCGUGCUCCUGGACACGGUAGUACAGAGCGCGUCGGACGCACGACCUCUCCCGGGCAUCGUCUUCCUCCGAGGCGGCAGCGUCGCGGUCCUCAUGAUCGUAAGACCGGACGACGAUGACGACAUCUCCAAAAGAUUCGUCGUCAUGACGCAGCAACCGCGCGUACCCGCUGGGAGUCUUGCCUUUUGCGAGAUCCCCGCGGGGAUGAUCGAUGACGACGAGGACGCGUUUGUAGGCGCCGCGGCGACGGAGAUCCAAGAAGAGACGGGCUUGACCGUCCGGCGGGAGGAGCUGGUCGACAUGACGGAGCUGGCGGUGGCGGUGCGGGAUGAUGGCAACGACCAUUUGCAGAGAGCCGUGUAUCCGAGUCCUGGAGCAUGUGAUGAAUUUGUCGCGCUUUUCUUCUGCGAAAAAGUCAUGGCCAGGCGGGACAUUGAGCGGCUGAGGGGGAAAUUGACGGGCAAUCGAACCGAGGGCGAGAAGAUCCAGGUCAGGUUGGUGGAAUAUGACCAUCUGUGGAGGGAGGGCGCGCGAGACGCCAAAACGCUGGCGGCGUGGGCGCUGUACGAGAACCUGGUCAGAGAAGGGGUGCUGGGCUAG